AUGAACAACAGCCUCAUUGCCAGCGCUGCAAGAAUGCGGGGCUUACGUGUUCUGGCAUCAACAUACUUUGGCAAGGCAAACAGAGAUAGGCAAGCUUGCGUCCAAGGACUACAUCUAUACUCGCAAGCCUUGAAGCAGCUUCAAAACGAUCUCAGCACAACUAGCAACUCGGGGACUGAGCUAGGAACCAUAAUGAGCGUUCUAUGUCUUUGUGUAUUUGAGAAUAUGGUCUUUUCCCAGACAAGUGCAUGGCUCAUGCAUUAUGAAGGAGCUGGCAGGCUGAGACAAAUCUUGCGUUUCGCAUGGUACUUUGCAAUUCUCUCUGCCGGACAUCAACGCCGCCAUUGCUUCCUCGACCAGCCGCAAUGGGAGAGCACCCAAUGUCUUCCAGAGGGUGAAGCACCCGAGAGGAUAGACCUCCUUUACGAUAUCUUUGCCCAGACCCCUGGAAUUGUUUACGAUUACGACGAGCUUCGCCAGCGUCCGCGUCGAAACUCGUUCGCGACUAGAUUCUUACGCCAGCGCGUGCAGUCUGUCAUUGAUAGGUUCCACGCUUGGCUCCAAACAGUGCCAUGGAGAUUUAUUCCUUGCUCAGAUCAUAACGACGCACAAUCCCCGCCAGAUGAUGCGAUGGAUUGUGUGGCCCUCGCACUGUCCUAUGCCAUGCUGUUGUGUCUUGUUCAGCCUUGCGAAUUCCUGGGCGUAGCUCUCAUUGGAGACGAGAACACGGGCACAGAACUUGAAUCUGAUGAUAGUUUUGCCUACAAGUUCUUGGCUUUGGAUAUUUGCAGAUUCGCAGAGAAGGUACUUCAAGGUCAAGAGUCUGCUAACCUUGCGCUAUUCUUGAUAUAUCCCCUUCAAAUAGCAUGGUUCUAUCUACAAACCAACGAAGCUGAUCUUACUCGUAUCCGUGGAAUGAUGAACUAG